GACUGGAGAACCGAUUCAGUUCUUUUCGUCAACGAACCGUUCAGACAGGAUUUACGAACAGGUUCAAACGAUUCCCUAAGAAAGAUCCGACUCAAGCGAACGAUUCGUUCACGAGUCGGACAUCGCUACUCCCUCAGAGAAAUUGACAGCAGCUGGGUCGCCUGUGUGAGCAAACCCGAAGGACAGACACGGCAGAAAAUAAAACUCUGCCGUUACAGUGGGCUCCCCCUUCCCCUUUCCCCCACGGUUUGAGCGUACAUAUCAACAAAGCGAACCCGACGAACGCUCUUUCUCCGUUUCCCCGCUCUAACAGCGGAGCGGUCAGGACUUUUUUUCCUCGCGAACUGAAACGUCAGUAGCUUAGCCGAGCUAGCGGGCUAACGCGACUAGCUGGGUUCAGCUAAAAGGAGGAAUUACAAUUAUUACACCGAGAGACACUGAAGGAUGUCGGGGAAGGAGCAGAAUAAACAAUCCACCACCGAACGGCUCGUCAAAGUGCCGUACCCUCCCACGACGCGGCUCACUUUGAAAGAGCUAUACGAGGAUGGCAAGCCCAAGGUGGAGCUUUUGAAGAGCCACCUGGUGAAAGAGGGCCGCCUGGAGGAAGACGCGGCCCUACGUAUCAUCAAUGAUGGCGCCAACAUCCUCCGCCAUGAGAAAUGCAUGCUGGAAGUGGAGGCCCCCAUCACAGUGUGCGGAGAUGUCCAUGGGCAGUUUUUUGACCUGAUGAAGCUCUUUGAGGUGGGGGGUUCCCCGCACAAUACACGCUAUCUAUUUUUGGGAGACUAUGUGGAUCGAGGCUAUUUCAGUAUUGAGUGUGUGCUCUAUCUGUGGGCCCUGAAGAUCAACCACCCGACCACCCUCUUCCUCCUCCGAGGCAACCACGAGUGUCGGCAUCUCACGGAGUACUUCACCUUUAAACAAGAAUGCAAGAUUAAGUACUCGGAGCGUGUGUAUGAUGCCUGCAUGGACGCCUUUGACUGCCUUCCCCUGGCCGCUCUGCUCAACCAGCAGUUCCUGUGCGUUCAUGGAGGCCUGUCCCCCGAGAUCACCUGCCUCGACGACAUCCGGAAAUUAGACAGGUUUAAAGAGCCUCCAGCUUUCGGGCCGAUGUGCGACUUGCUGUGGUCUGACCCUGGCGAGGACUACGGCAGCGAAAAAAGCUCGGAGCACUUUUGUCACAACAGUGUGAGAGGAUGUUCCUAUUUCUACAGUUACCCUGCAGUAUGCGACUUUCUGAUGAAUAAUAACUUGUUGUCAGUUAUAAGAGCACAUGAAGCCCAAGAUGCAGGGUAUCGAAUGUACAGAAAAAGUCAGACAACAGGCUUCCCCUCUUUAAUCACAAUCUUCUCUGCACCAAACUACUUAGAUGUGUAUAACAAUAAAGCUGCUGUGUUGAAAUACGAGAACAACGUCAUGAACAUCCGGCAGUUCAAUUGCUCUCCUCACCCGUACUGGCUGCCCAACUUCAUGGACGUGUUCACGUGGUCACUGCCCUUCGUUGGGGAGAAAGUAACAGAGAUGCUGGUCAACGUGUUAAACAUCUGCUCAGAUGAUGAGCUCAUGUCAGAGGGAGAUGACACAUGUGAAGGUGGCACCCCGGCAGUCCGCAAAGAGGUGAUCCGAAAUAAGAUUCGUGCCAUUGGCAAGAUGGCCAGAGUUUUCUCUGUUCUUAGAGAGGAGAAUGAGAGUGUGUUGCAGUUAAAGGGCUUGACCCCCACUGGGACGUUGCCUCUGGGUGUGCUAUCAGGAGGCAGACAGACCCUACAGAGCGCCACCAUAGAAGCAGAGGAAGCACGAGCCAUCCAAGGCUUCAACCCUCAACACAAGAUCCAAAGCUUUGAGGAAGCACGCGGACUGGACCGGAUAAAUGAGCGAAUGCCUCCGCGCAAGGACAGCAUGCAGCCAGACGGCACUGCCAACUCCAUCAACGCAGCCAAUUCCCCCGACAAGAACGGCACCAACGCACAGGCGUAGUAACCCAGCAGCUACCUAGCGCUCUCCCUCAUCUUUUCUUUUCUGUCUCUCAUAUUUUUUUUUUUUCUCUGUCUCUCCCUCUGUUUUCCUCUCAUUCUCUCUCUUUUUGGUAGAGGUGAUGCCCCCUACAUGCAAAACUCUCCAGGACCAUUUUGGGGAGAAUCGCACAAUACCAUGAAGAGGGCGUAAUGAAAAACAAACCAUGGUUCUUAUUUAUUUAUUGAUAUAGAUGAUAAGAAAUUUAAGAUCUGUAAUGGUGGGAAAAUUGAGAUGAAUGAAUACGUACAGGAUGAAUAUUACAUGUGUAUAUAAAAUACAGAAUAUAUAUAUAGACAUAGCAUUGGGGUGGUGUAAGGUCAUCUUAGAUUCAGUAGUUUAAAAAAUAAAAAAAUAAAAAAAAAUAAUCCAUUUUGUAAAUUUACGUUUAUAAAUUAGGUUUAUUUCUGACUUUUUUUUCUUUUCUUUUUUUUAACAACCAAGACUUGCUCAGCAGAAUUUCUUUAUCGUCGUUUGUGCGCUUGGCAAAAUAAUUCUUGGCCCGACAUAAUUAUAUAGAAUGCUUAUUUGUGAAUAAUACCCAAAGCGAGUAUGAUAAUUGUUGACGCAAAAAAAAAAAAAAAGUUUUGGUAUUGAAACAAUAUGUGGGGGAAAAAAUACCUUCAUAAUGCCAAUAGCUAAGAUGAGUGCAUUAAUAACAAGUGUUGGCACGUUUAUAUGUACAUGUACAUUUUCAAGUGUUCCCUCAACCAAAUGUAAUGUUUACUUUGUUUCAUUUGUUUUUAUUUUUUUCCCUGUUCAUAACUCAAACCACACCAAUUUGUAAUCAAAAAGCGGAAAAGCAAAAACCAUCCCAGAAGUUUCUCAAGAUGGUUGGAGGAGCGAUUGUGUCUGCAUGUUUUUGUUUACUUUCAACCCUCCAUUUUGUAGUCACUCGCGCUUUUAUAGGCCUCUGCCAUACUUUUGCGCACUUUUACACCUUUCGCUAAUACCACAGUAGAUAAAGGCACGAUUGAACUGCCAUGAUUUUACGCGGAUUUUUAUUAUUGUUAUUUUUUUUGCUGUCCCGCUUUAGCAGUUGAACGAAUCCUAUGAUGUGUGCGUUAAAUGUGAUUGGAUGAGGUGGACGUUAAACAGCUCAGAAAAUGAGCAUACAUGCCUUACAUCCUGUAUCUCAUCUCGGCUAAAGUAAAUUAGUUAAACCGUUUUUUCUAUUGCCUUUAUUUUCUGUUUUUACAUAACAAUUGUAGCCCACCAGUUGAACAUUUUAAACUUUACAAACCCAUUUAAUUGUUUUUCAAUUUAUCUAAUUGAUGUAUCUAUAAUAGUUUGCAUCAGCAAACUCCUUUUAAGUAUCUUCUGCGCUAGUAUUUCUAUAGCUGAGCUGUGCGCUCUUCUAAACGCCUGUAUUGUCUAGAGUGGACCAUUUUCCACGCAUAUGAUUGACUGAAGCCUCAUCUUUUGCUUUUACCUGAAGCAAAGCAAAGUUAUUUUGAUUGAUUUUACUGUACUGUGUGUUUUUGAGAAUUAAGGACAGGAUUUGCAAGAACUGUUUACCAAAUCGUCUUUUCAAACUUCGUUUUUUUUUUUUUUUUUCUAUACUGUACCAUUAUCGUUGCAUAAUAAUCCGGCGACUGGAGAUUUCGCUGCGCAAAGACUCAAACUUCCUGUGCGUUACACAUUUGAGGUCAUGUGCCAUGCUAAUAAAUAUAGCAAAAUUUCUGUGUGCAGGCAUCGAGACUGUCGCUCACACGUGUAUUUUCCAUUUUAUUUAACGCCGCAAGCACUUCAGGGUCUGUAUGUCUUGCGCAAUCUUAAAAUGAGACUCGGCGAGGGUAAACCUGCAUGUUAUCAUUACUGUAUUUAAAAGUAACUCUCAUCCAAAGAAGAAUCAGUGUUUUAAAGUAAUAUAUGGCUUUAUCAUUGACAAAAAACAACUGCUGAUUGUAUAUGAUCAUUGCCUCUUCAUUUGCUUGAGAAGAGGCGAGCACUCAAUCGGCGACGUAGUCAUGUAGACUCUGUAAAAAAAAAAAAACGCCUCUGUUAAGUUAACGCUUUACUUUUUGCGAUAUAAAACACCUGAGGGAGGCCUACGACCUUAAACAGGUACCAAAAGUUGAUGAAUAGAUCAUCAUGACCACCUUUUCGUGUCCUCUUUUAAAGUGUUUGUCUUUUCAAGUCUUUGUUUUAUGUAAUGAGCCUCUGCAAACUAUUGUUUUGUUUAGUUUCCUUCAUGUUUAAUUUAAAAGGGGAUGUCUGGUGUGUGAGAGUUGGGGGUUUCAGGUGGGAGGGUGGGUUUUGUUUGAUAUCGGAGAGGAAUGGGGGCGUUCAGACCACUGAACCCGUUUUAGGAGGGCUUCUGUUACAAAUUCCAAACAUAUCUUGCAGAAUCUACAAAAAAAAAUGUUUGACAUUGUCCAUUUAAAAAAGAAAAAAAUGAAAGUAAAAUUAAAUAUAAAAAAUGUGGGGGAAAAAAAAAAUGGUGUUGUUUCAUUAUUUCUUUGUCCUUCUUGAUUUGUGUGUUUUUUGGGAAAUUGGCCCGUUUCCAGAUACUUCACCCACUGUAUUGCAUCUGCUUUUAGCGUUUGAGCGGCUGAUUGAUGGCAGACUUGUUUUGUGAGACCAGCUUUGUCAUUUUCUCUUCUUUAUCCAUGUCUGUGCUCGUCAAGGUUUCCUACGAUUACGACGUUCACAUUUUGAACAUUCUGUGCUUGAAGGACAGCUAGUGUAUUGUUACCUGUCUGAACACGGCCCACACACACAUAUGAUCAUGCCAAGCGAGGCUUGAGAUUGAAUGAUAUUUGUGCUUAAGAUGAAGAAUGCACAGUAAGACAGUGUUAUCUAAAACUAUUUGAAAUAGAAUAUAAAUAUUAAAUGACACAGUUAAACUGCAUUAGCGUCUAAUUGAUAUUGAAUAUGUAUAUAUAAACAUUAGUUAUUUCACUUUUUUAGUUACCUCUACAUAAUCUGAUUAAAUGUGGACUGUUCGUGUUGUUUACGUCCUUAACAGGAGGUCAUCAUCUGAAAAGCUCAGUUUCAAGGCCGAAGGUCUUGUUGAAUGGCGUUGUAGAUUAGUUUUUUCAACUUCUCACACACUCGUGUGAAGGAUGUUGCUGAAUACAAAAUAAAAUCACACUUCUGUUUUAUUGAAAGGCCUUGAAAUGAAGCACGCCCUCAAAAUAACAUUUGUUGCACCACAGAAUAUUUCACAAGCACCUAUUUAAUGCAAUUAUAAAGCCUGCUCUUUUCCAACCAGCCUGAAAAAUUCCCAGAAAUGCUAAAAGGAUGAAUGUCAGUUUCUUACUAGCUGUCAGCACAUAGUGUGGAACGUGCAUUGAAAGUCCUGAGGGAAAACAAACCACUCACCUCAUUUUAAAAAUAGAUUUAUUAACUGGACGUCUACUGUAGUUAUUACUUCUAACUGCUCAACCCAGUUAUGAUUGCAAUUAUGUUAAACAUGAGCUCUUUCCAUGUGAGGGUGAAAACUAACACAAUUGAAUAUGAUAAUAUGUAACUUAAAUGUACUUAAGAGCCCAUGAAGCAAUUUUUCUUGGAUUGCUGAAUUAAUAUUUGCUUAUUUUACCUGAUUAUCUAUUUGUUCCUGUCAGGAACAGGUUUUCCAGUUACUUCCACUCUCUCUGGAGCAGGUAUGAAUCAUGAAUUUGUUUGGAAAUGAGAAAAAUAAAGGUUCUUUGUUGGUUUCUGUGGUUCCAGGAAGAACCUUUAACAUCUGCAACCUUUGUAAUGAUUUUUACACCCUUGAAAAAAAGUUUUCAUGAUGCAAUAGAAGAACCUUUCAGUGAAUAGUUCCUACAAGAACCAUAUUUUAGUGUGAAGAGCAUGUUAAUAAGCUGAUCAUCCACUGAAACACCACUCUUUUGUGAACGUGCGUAUGGCAGUUAGCUAGACAUUAUGGUUUAUAAAGUUUUAAUUAUGGAUAUUUUUCUUACAAAGCAUCGCUUCAGAAGGCCUUUUUAUCAUAGAUGGAUGCACUUUUUUGAGCUUUUAGAUCUCAACUCCCACUAUAACUCCUUUAUGACAUUUUUUUAAAUAUAACUCCAAUUGUAUUUGUCUGAAAGAAGAAGAAAGUCAUAUACUCCCAGGAUGGGGUAAUUUUAUAUUUUUGGGUGAACUAUCCCUUUAAAGAGGACACUUUAAACUCUUGUGGAAUGGAAAGGUUCCUUGGGUAUUAAAGGGUGCUCGUGGUACCAUCAAUACCAAGAAGAACCUUUAUUUUCAAAAAUGUUUGGUUGAAAACAUUCAUUAGAUUAUUAAAAUGAGCUUCACACAUGGUGUUGCUGCAAAACUGCUUUUGCAACCUUUAUUUUUUUUAAGGAUUUAGUCAUUAAAACUGUACAAAACAUGGGUAUAAACUACUCGGCGAAAGCCUGCUUUGCUUGAUUUCAUGUGACAGCUUGCGGUUCUUGCAAUAUAUUUGGUUUUAAUUGCAUUACAUUAAAGAAUAUAUAAAUAUGCCAUCAUGGUCAAACAUUUAUAUAGAAAGUUUUCUUCUCAGACCUUUUCAGCCUUCAUUUGAACCGUAACUAAUGUCAAAAAAAAAAAAGUUCAGUUAACUAGGUCAUUUCUCUUUCAUCAUUUGCAUGGCCUCAGGAGAACAAGAUCAACAUUGAUGUAUAAUGGUGAUGCUGAUGGUGUAGCAGCAGUAAGAUAUGAAGCCACAUCAUUUACCUUUUGUUCUUUAUUACAGAGGCAAACAAGUGACUGGGUGAUUUAGUACGUCCAUCCUGCUGGUUUCUUUUAAGUGCUCAUGAACUCGAGUGUUAAGUCAGUAGUGUUUUAACUCAAGCGAGUGGAGAGCGCCCUCUUUUUGAACAGUAAGGUAUUGCAGGGUCACAUUAGUGGCUUUACAGUGCAGUUAACAUCGCUUUCUGUAGGUGCGUAGGUGGAUUGGAGCGGUUAUUCAGGCUUGUUGCUGUGAUUUGCUUCACAAGCUCAUUUUUUAUAAUCUCCUGAAAGCACAUUGUCCCUGUAGAGAUGCUAUUGUACAAACUGCAAACUGGCUUAUUUAAUGUAAGCCAGUCUCAUCCAUUAUGCUCAAUGAGAAAUGAGAUUAUCUAAUCCAAUAGAUGAAGCACAGUCAUCAUGUUGAGUAUUUAAUCUGAGGGAUCAUUUAUCUGUACCUGUAAUAAUGCUUUUGUAAUCUGAUGGCAGCGGAUGCUUUUAAAAAUCUCUCUUCUAUUCAUGUGUCCAUCACUUUCUCUAUUGUGGAGGCGGGCACUUCUCUCUCUCUCUCUCUCUGUCUCUCUGUCUCUGUCUCUCUGUCUCUCUGUCUCUCUGUCUCUCUGUCUCUCUGUCUCUCUGUCUCUCUGUCUCUCUCUCUGUAAUGUGAAGGACGUGAUCAUGUAGUGUGCUAGCAAGAAUUCAACCCACAUUCAACGGACAUCUUGAUGGUGAGCUAUUAGAAGAGCUGAAUACAAGAAACACAUUUCAGGACAUGAAAGAAAACCUUCCACAUGUACAGUAUAUGAGUGUUAAAGAGAGAUUAAUAAAAACUGGCUCCGUUAACCAAAAUUACAUUCAGGCUUCAUUGUAGCUGAAUUAAUAAACCUUAAUUUGCUGACUAUGUUGAAUGGCAUUAAACUGAUGUUUGUUCUAGAGAUACUUGUGUACUAUCUGAAUGUCUUAAUAUGCAUUAUGAGAAUGUAUAAUAACUGCAGGAGGUUUAUCAUUUGAAAUUAUCACUAAGACUUUGUUUUUGAAAGAAGACAAUUGUGCUCACCAAGGCUUCAUUUAUUUGAAUACAGUAAAAACAGUAAUAUUGUGAAAUAUUAUUACAGUUUAAAAUAAAUGUUUUCUGUUGUAA